AUGGCCCACCGGCUGGCAUUGAGGGCUCCUAGGAGCUGUAUACUCAAUAGCUUUUCUCAUAUAGCUCGAAGGAACUACUCGACAAGUAAAGAAUCAGACUACUUUACUGUCGAUCUAAGUCCCAAUACAAAGGAUCUCUCGGAAUUACUACAAACUGUCAAAUCUCAAAUCAAAAUCAUCAACCCUAGUCGUCAUGAUGCUGCAGUCAUCCUAGCUACUCCACAGUAUGCGCAAUGGCUCGAGAAGGAUGGCUUCAUGGCAGAGUUUGUUGAUCUACUUUCAGGAUCUGAAAAACCAGAACAGUUUCAUGUCUUGGGUGCUGUUGUCGAUCAUGUCGCUCCUCCAGUACCGAGCAACAAGCCCAUCCAGGGGUUGUCUAUCCUUCGUGGAAAACUCGACUCGAUUCUUCCCGGCCUCUGGACUCCAGAGCUCCCAAAGGUCCGAGAGGAUGCUGAUAAAGUGGCAGCUCUAACGAUGGAUCUUGGCAACCCUCACAUCACCAUUCCUCUCACCAACACAACGUUUCUGAAUCACAAAACUUCAACACUCAUCACUAGGCGUUAUGAUCUAUCACAAAGCUCAACUAAACUAGUUGAGAAGAAUGAAAAGUACUCACAGCAAAUAUCACUUCCUCUCAAAAAGCAGCUUCCUUCGAUCAACGACCUUGGCAUCUGGGCACCUCUCGUACCCCUGACCCAUCCUCGCGUGGUGACUGAGAGCUUUGGAAACAUCGUGCGACGGGUUAGCGUUGAGAAUGAAUCCGUCCCUGCUUCAAAUGAACUUGAGCCAGCUGUCGACGAGUUGCAUGUGCGAAAGUCGGGCCUGGUUCAGUCACCUAUGGGAAUCUGGGCAAUCAUCACCCCUCCAACCUUUUCUCAGUCAGGCGAUAACUCAAGUUCUGUUGAUCCCGAUCCUGAAGCAACGUUCAGAGAUGGUGAAAACAUCGCGGACCUCGUCGCUUCCACAUCUGGUCACCUGGUCACCCUAUACAAGCAGGGUGGCCGCCUAUAUCAAAUUUUGAGCGGCGGUGGUGGCUGGGGCGCAAAGAAGGGUUUACUUUCACUCGACCCUCAGCGCACUCACUUUUCCCUGUCGGAAGAAGAAGAGAUGCAAAGGUUUAUUCAAGCUAUGGAUGGAGGUAACUUUGUUCCUGUGGGCUCCAAAAUUCAAUUCUUUGCGUCUACGGAGACCUUGGCCACUGAGUCACCUCGGGCCAAAGAGAUGGGCGUGGUCUUCGGAACAGCCAGCAAGGUAGAGUCCGAGACUGCUUCAGAGUCAUCUCAGUCCGAGGCUCGGCUACUGGAAGAUCACUUCGGCGCUCUUUCGAAUGAUGGUGUCUUCGUCACUUCCUCUGACGCUGCUGCAGUGACGACUCCUGGCUUCAACAAUGAUUGGAAGCUCAAUGUUCCUAACUCUCGAAUUUACAUCAGCAUCUAG